AUGACGAGAAAUCUGGUUACGCUGCGAGGGGGUUUACUCCGUCGGCUUUCGUUGCGUGUUGCUGUGGUCAUCCUCUUCCUCCCUCCCUCUCCCAACCCACACUGGUCUCGUUUAUCGCACCUCCCCACUUCGUCGUCUCUCCCUUUCUCUCGCUCCCCUUUCUCUCACAUCAUGGCUACCACCAUGAACAAGAAGAAGAAGUUUGUGGCGGACGGCGUGUUCUACGCGGAGCUGAAUGAGCUGCUCACGCGCGAGCUGGCGGAGGAGGGGUACUCGGGCGUGGAGGUGCGCAACACGCCCAUGCGCGUCGAGAUCAUCAUCCGCGCCACGCGCACGCAGAAUGUCCUCGGCGAGAAGGGGCGGCGCAUCCGCGAGCUGACGUCGGUGGUGCAGAAGCGGUUCAAGUUCAAGGAGGGCACGGUGGAGCUCUACGCCGAGAAGGUCGCCAACAAGGGCCUCUGCGCCGUCGCGCAGGCGGAGUCGCUGCGCUACAAGCUGCUCGGCGGGCUCGCCGUGCGCCGCGCGUGCUACGGUGUGCUGCGCUUCAUCAUGGAGAGCAACGCCAAGGGCUGCGAGGUGAUUGUGAGCGGGAAGCUGCGCGCGCAGAGGGCCAAGGCGAUGAAGUUCAAGGACGGGUACAUGAUCUCGUCCGGUGGGCCCGUGCGCGAGUACAUCGACUCCGCCGUGCGCCACGUCAUGCUGCGCCAGGGAGUGCUGGGCAUCAAGGUGAAGAUCAUGCUUCCUCACGACGCCAGUGGCAAGGCCGGUGUUGUCCGCCCUCUGCCCGACCAGGUUACCAUUCACACGCCCAAGGACGAGGACGAUGCUCUUUUCAAGCCCGUUAUCGGCAAGGAGGCUGAGGCUCUGCUAGCGCUGUCCCGUCCCCCGUCUUCGCCUCGGUUUAGUAAACUCGCGACCCCUCUCAUCCUCUCGCUCCUGCUCCUCCUCCACCAUUCCCCGCUCAUCUCCGCCGCUACCACUUACGGCGGCGUUCUGCCUGCUGCCAAUACUCUCGCAUCCCCGUACUCGCUUCACAACGGCUGGUUCGUCUUCUGGCUGUGCACUUAUAACGAGGACGCGGAUACGGGCGAAGUUUCUUUCACCCCGUUCUGGUUCAACGGAUUCCAGGAGGACUUCCCGAGUCCCAUGGAUGCUGCGCUGCCGCCUCUCGGAUUCUACGCCGUGAACGGGAACUGCGAGUACAUGGUUGACUCCUCGUGCAACAUCGUGCAAAAAGAUCUGGAGUGCGACGGCUGCUGCUAUCUGAACCCGCGCCCGGCCAUGUGGAAGCAGGUCACGUGCUUUGGCAGGCUGAGCGAGAAGUGCAACUACCGCAUUGCACCCCUCUCCGGCACCUGCGGGGAGCCGGCAAACAGCACCAUCAACUGCAACGUCUGCAACUUUUCCUCUUAG